AUCCAAUAGCUUGCGGUGGAGCUUGUUGUGAGCUCGGGAAACAUGUUCCCGAGGAUGCUUAGCUGGUCGCAUCGGAAGAACAAGGAUUUCACCAAGUCCGUCAUCGCACCGAUAUUAUUGAAGAAGAAUUUAAUUGUUCUUCCGAUGUUGAAGCCUCGGCCAGCAGAAAAAGACUAUUACUUGUCUUUGACUGAGGGAGAUCUUCCCCUUUAUCCUGGGCUUGGCCAGGAUCCCUCGGAGACUGAUGAGGAGGAGGAUGCGACUUUUGAGAAAAUGGCAGAGAAAGUUUCUCAGGCUGCCGAGGCAGCCAAGAUAUUUGUUGAUGCUGCCCCGGGGGAGGAGGUUGCAGGUCCCACCCCUCCUAUUCCCCCAGCCUCAGCCCCAGCCUCAACCUGUGCCCCAACAUCAGCCCCAGCCUCAGCCCCAGCAUCAACCUGUGCCCCAACAUCAGCCCCAGCCUCAGUGUCAGCCCCAACACCAACCCCACCACCAGCCUCAGCCUCAGCCCCUGAGCUGGCCGACUUGAUUGAGCGGUUGGACAGAGUCGAGGGUCGACAGGAGACCCUCUUGAAGAACCAGUCAGUGAUCUUGGACGUACUCAGUCAGAUCCUGACAUUUGUUAAGGAGAAACCGAGGGGGUCCAAUGAAGAUUCAGAGUGA